AUGGCUUUGGGAAAACAUUCCCGGGUCGAUGGAAGAAAGUCAUCAAGCUGCUGUUCAACUGUUACUGUUGUGGUGUUUGUUGGUUUGUGUUUAGUUGGGGUUUGGAUGUUGAUGUCAUCCACUGUUGUUCCUGUUCAGAACUCUGACUUGUCUUCCCAGGGGACUAAAACUGAGGUGAAACAAAAAAUAUCUGAAAAAUUUUCCAGGCAGUUUGCAGAUAGUUCAGGAGAUUUAUCUGAGGAUGGAACUAAGGAAGAGGGUAACCCUGGAAAAUCUCAGGAUGAGAACAAUUCUGAUACAGAGUCUGAGAAUACUGUCAAGGAAAUCCAAGAAGAGAAAUUUAGGAAGGAAAGCGCUGAAGGAAGGACAGAGAGUGAAGAGGAAUCUAAGGGAGAUGCUGAAAAUGAUGGAGAUGGAGAUGGGAAAAGGGAGGACAAAGAGUUUGUUUCAGGAGGUGGGGAAUCACAUUCAGGGGAUGAGUUCGGUGGUGGGCAGCUAAAUUCAGGAGGCGGAGAAUCAAAUUUGGAUGGCGAGGAGUCAAAUUCAGGAGACACAGAAUCAAAUUCAGAAGGGGGGCAAUCAAGUUUGGGAGACACGGAGCCAAACAUCGAUGGCAAGGAUACAAGAAAUGAAGAUGGUGAAACAAGUGAGGAGAAGGUUGAUGAAAAUCAAGAUACCAAUUCCGAAGAAAGCUCCAAUACUAACAAGAUGGAUCACCAGGCAAAGGACCAGGCUUCAAAUGAGGUUUACCCUUCUGGGGACCAGUCUGAGAUAUUAAAUGAAGCUACUACUCAAAAUGGAGCUUGGAAAACGCAAGAGGUGGAGUCUGAGAAUGAGAAGGAAUCACAAAAAUCUUUAUUGUCCAAGGGCCAAAGUGGACAUAAGUGGAAACUCUGUAAUGUUACUGCUGGUUCAGACUAUAUUCCGUGUCUUGACAAUGUGCAAGCUAUUAGAAAGCUGCCAAGUACUAAGCACUAUGAACAUCGAGAGCGGCACUGUCCAGAUGGAGCUCCAACUUGCCUUGUCCCUCUACCUGAGGGAUACAGACAGUCGAUUAAGUGGCCUAAAAGCAGAGAACAGAUAUGGUAUCAUAAUGUUCCCCACACCAAGCUUGCAGUGGUUAAGGGACAUCAAAACUGGGUUAAAGUUAGUGGUGAUUACCUUACUUUUCCUGGUGGUGGGACUCAGUUUAAGAAUGGCGCCCUUCAUUACAUUGAUUUAAUCCAGAAAUCCCUUCCUAAUAUUGCAUGGGGGAAACGUAGCCGUGUUGUAUUGGAUGUCGGGUGUGGUGUGGCUAGCUUUGGAGGAUACAUGUUUGAAAGGGAUGUUCUCGCGAUGUCAUUUGCUCCCAAGGAUGAACAUGAAGCCCAAGUGCAGUUUGCGCUUGAAAGGGGCAUCCCUGCUAUAUCAGCUGUUAUGGGUACCACAAGGCUACCCUUCCCAAGUAAGGUCUUUGAUGUUGUCCAUUGUGCACGCUGUCGAGUCCCUUGGCAUAUUGAAGGUGGUAAACUCCUCUUAGAGCUGAAUCGUGUCUUGCGACCUGGUGGUUACUUUGUGUGGUCUGCUACUCCGGUUUACCAAAAGCUGCCUGAAGAUGUUGGCAUUUGGAAAGCUAUGACUGAACUAACAAAGUCAAUGUGCUGGGACCUAUUUGUGAUUAACAAGGAUCAAGUGAAUAGUGUGGGUGCUGCAAUAUAUAGAAAACCUACUUCUAACCAAUGUUACGAGAAAAGACCGCAAAAUGAGCCACCAUUGUGCAAAGAAGCUGAUGACCCAGAUGCUGCUUGGAAUAUAAAGCUUCAGGCAUGCAUGCACAAAAUACCACUAGCAUCUGAACGUGGAUCACAAUGGCCAGAGCAAUGGCCUCUAAGAUUGCAGAAACCGCCUUAUUGGUUGAAGAGUUCUCAGGUUGGAGUUUAUGGCAAAGCAGCUCCAGAGGACUUCACUGCUGACUAUGAUCACUGGAAACGCGUGGUAUCCAUGUCAUAUUUGAAUGGGUUGGGUAUCAACUGGUCUUCAGUGAGGAAUGUCAUGGACAUGAGAGCUGUAUAUGGAGGAUUUGCUGCAGCACUGAAAGAUCUGAAUGUCUGGGUUAUAAAUGUAGUCCCAAUUGAUUCACCAGACACACUUCCAAUUAUAUAUGAUCGUGGCCUGUUCGGGAUAUAUCAUGAUUGGUGUGAAUCAUUCAGCACUUAUCCGAGAUCCUACGAUCUUCUUCAUGCAGAUCAUCUUUUCUCUGAUAUUAAGAAAAGAUGCAAGCUAGUGUCAGUGAUUGCAGAAGUUGAUAGGAUCCUGAGGCCCGAAGGGAAGUUGAUUGUGCGGGACAAUAUUGAGAUCAUAGGGAGGUGGAGAACUUGGCCAAGUCUCUACAGUGGAAGAUCCGGUUGA